GUGAUUGUCUCCGUCUGCCUCCCUGUUCCAAUAUUGCAGGGUGCAGAUGCUGGCAUCAUCAUCACACCGAUCUGAAGAGGCAUCAACAUGCCCGGCUGCGUUCGCGUCCGAUAAUGUGCUCCUCAGUGUGUGUGUGUUGAUCUUUACGAUAUGAAACGGAGGGGAAUCUCUGCUGCUUUUGCAGUGGCCAUAGCGGUCACUUACAUGCUCAGCAAACUUCACAGUUCAUACAGAUGCUUCUCAAAAAGAAGUCAGCGGACGCCCAUGAUGGCCAGUGACCCGAGCGACCCAUACAUCUUCACCACGGCAACGCUGCCCCCUGACUCCCGCUUCCUGCCUCCGCUGGCCAAUGGGCUCCUGGGAUGGAGAGUCUACGCCAGCAUCAUGCACAUGGGUGGGAUUUAUAACGGACAGGGCGGAGACUGUCACCGUGCCGACGUGCCCUGUCCAUUGGCUGUGAAGCUGAGGAUGGACGAGGAGGAAGAGGCAACACACAACUACAGCCUGGACACUCGUACAGGUAUGUUCACACACAUGGCGUGUACGGAGCGUGUGUGUGUGUCCCAGAUGUUCUACGCCCACCGCCUCUACCCCAACCUGCUGGUGAUGGAGGUGCUGAUGGUGCGUCAGGUGACCUCUCAGGAGCCAAUCACGGUGCAGUUUGACAGCUCCUUCCGCCCUCAGAGCAAAGACAUCGUCUUCCAGGAAGGACCUGACUACAGGGGAGCAAAGCAUAUCUUCGGGCAGACCCAGGCCGCUGAGGUCCCUGGGGGCUCCUGUCCCAGUGUGCACCUCAUCUGGACCCCACUGAUGACAUCACUCACCCUGCAACCAGAGCAGAGCCAAUCACGGUGGGGCUUCCUGCUGGCGGUUGCUGGGACCGAGGAGAGCAGCCAAUCAGCUUACGACAUGGGCCUGCAGCUGAUGGCCGACGGUAACCUACGCCCCUCCCACAACCGGGCGUGGGCGGACUUCUGGUUGGGCAGCAGGUUGGAGAUUGCGGGGGAGGAGCCUCUGAGCCGUGCGCUGAUUGGCUGCCUCUUCUACCUGCUCAGUGCCUUCCCCUCACUGAACCAGACCGCUGAGGCCUUCGGGGGGGUCAGUCCAGGGGGGCUGUCCAAUGGGGGACAGGGACAGGACUACUGGGGACACGUGUUCUGGGACCAGGACACAUGGAUGUAUCCCAGCAUUGCCCUAUUCUACCCCUCUCUGGCUCGCACUGUGCUGGAGUACCGUGUGCGGACACUAGAGGGUGCUAGAGCAAACGCUGAACAACAGGGCUAUAAGGGUGUGAAGUUCCCUUGGGAGAGUGCAACGUCCGGUAGAGAGGUGUGUCCAGAGGACAUUUACGGGGAGCAGGAGAUUCACAUCAACGGAGAUGUCAUCCAGGCCUUCCAGCAUUACUAUUACCUCACACAGGACUUGGACAUGUUCAAAGGGGGGCGUGGCAGUGAGGUGGUGUGGGGCGUGGCUGACUAUUGGGUUUCCCGGGUAACCUGGAGCUCUGAGGACCAAUCAUAUCACAUCAAAGGUGUAAUGCCUCCAGACGAGUAUUACUACAAUGUGGAUGACUCUGUCUUCACAAACACUGUCGCUAAGAACAGUCUGCUCUUUGCUGUAGAGCUAGCCUCCCUGCUGCAGCACCCGGCUCCUCCAGAGUGGCAGGAGGUGGCCGACCGGCUCAAGAUCCCCUUUGACCCAGAUCACCAAUAUCACCCAGAGUUCAGGGGCUACAUUAAGGGUGGUGUGGUGAAGCAGGCAGACGUGGUGUUGCUAGGAUACCCACUGGGUCUUCCCAUGAGUUCCCAGGUCAGACGGAAUGAUCUGGAAGCGUACGAACCCGUCACUGAUCCACGCGGCCCUGCUAUGACCUGGGGCAUGUUUGCGGUUGCAUGGAUGGAGUUAGGAGAGACAGAGAGAGCACAGAAGCUCCUGGAGAAAUGCUACAAAAACAUCCAGGGACCUUUUCAGGUGUGGAGUGAGUCGUCUGAUGGAUCAGGGGCUGUGAACUUUCUCACAGGGAUGGGAGGCUUCCUACAGGCCGUGCUGUUCGGCUACACCGGCUUCAGGGUCCAGAAGGACUGCCUGUCCUUCUCUCCUGUCCUGACUGGGGCUGUUGCAGAGCUGAGCGUGACCGGGGUCAGUUACCUAGGCAACAAGCUCAACUGGCUGGUGAAGGGGGAGGAAGUGAGCGUGAAGCUGUGGGAAAAAACAGAGCAUGCUGGGAAGGCCUGCGCCCUGGAGGUGGUGCUCAAAGCCUCAGGGACUAGGAUUCCCCUCACACCAGGCCAAACAGUGACCUUCCCUCGAGAGGCGGGAGAACUGAGGAGGCAGGAUUCAGGACAAUCCUGUUGGCCUAUUUAACUAUGCCGAUGUCAAUCACUCAUCAGAGGGACCCAGGACCCACCGGCUGUGUCACCUCACCUCACCCAAUCUUCAGUCUUCAGUUUAUACCUACAGGAUGAUUUAGUCAGAUUUACCACAGAAACACCUUGGCCUUAGAAUGUGAGCACUUUAGCUUCCAGGCUAACAUGCAUACACACACACACACACACACUUGCACUUACAGUAUUCAGGAAGCACUGUCUGAAUCUAUGCUGUUUAAAACCAGGGAAUCACGCACACACACAGACAUGCGCGUGCGCGCGCACACACACACACACCAGGGAUGUGAUACAUUAAAAUGUAAAGAGGAAAAACAUUCUCAGUGCAUAUCAUUAAUUAAAUAAUAAAUUAAAUAGCCAAUGAGUCCACACAAGAUGCGGUGAUGAUUUGCUAAUGGUCAGUCUGAACUGUUUGGGCGUCUGUAAUCAUGUUGUACUCUUUAUAAUGUCUGUCUAUGUGGGUACCUGUAAUCGUUUCACACUCAUCAGGCCAGAGCACCACUGGAUGUGAUAUGUUAAUGUCAGUCUGUGAGUGUCUGUAAUUGUUAAUAUGUUAAUGGUCAGUCUAUGGGUGUCUGUAAUCGUUAAUAUGUUAAUGGUCAGUCUAUGGGUGUCUGUAAUCGUUGAUAUGUUAAUAGAUGUCAAUGGUCAGUUUGUGUGGGUGUCUGUAAUCGUUUGGUACUCAUCAUCUCACUGGACAUGAUCAGUGGGGUAUACUAUGAAGCACGUCAGACAUAUCUAGGCUAUGUAGACAUAUCAAGGCUUCACAAAGCCUUGACUCGGGUAUACGUUAAGUGAUACGAUAGCAGUUAUGUGAUAUAUUUGUCA